UGUUGUAGGGAGUAGUCGGCUUGUAAUCACCGUCGGAUCAAUCAGUUACAUCGUGGAUACGUCGUUUGUAAACAUGAUUAAAUAGUUUCUGUGUCACUAAUUUUUAUUUCUGCUAUAUCCACGUAAUUAUAGUAACACAAGAUUACGGGCAAAAGAAAAGGAAUAAAACAGAAAUGGACCCAUUACAACAAAGAGUACUUCAGGAUGAUAUGGUCCAGUACAAAAUCUUCUUACUACCUACAACUCCUCAGCAGAACGAACAACAACUGAAGCAGUUGCUUGGAGACAUUUUGGCAAAGUUUGCCCCCUUGUUGGUUGAUUAUAUUUGGCAAAAUCAACCAUUCAAUCUCCAGUAUCGUCCCUCUAAAGGAGACAUCCCAUCUCACCUCGGAGGGAUCACUCAGUUUGGAGACAACGUUGAAGACGAGUGGUUCAUUGUUUACCUCCUGCAGCAGAUCACAAAGACUUUCCCAGAGCUGGUUGUCAGAGUGGAAGACAACGACGGCGAAUUUAUUCUCAUCGAAGUUGCAGAUUAUCUUCCCAAAUGGUUGAGCCCAGAUACAAGCGAAAACAGGGUUUUUCUCUUUAGGGGAGAGUUGCACAUCAUUCCUCGCCCUUCCAAAUCGAGUUCUGUGGGCUUCCCGCGUAAUGUGGUCCCCAGUGUGGAGCAGGCUCUCACACUUCUCUCUGAUCACUCAGAAGCUUGUCAAGCAAGCCCAGAGAUACGUUCAGCCCUGAGGAAAAGACUCGAGGGGUUCCCAGAGAAGAUAAAAAGUGGCCUCCACCGCGCUCACUGCUUCAUACCUGCCGGAAUCGCCACCGUGCUGACGCAUCGUCCUGACCUGGUGGCGCCUGCAGUGUCGGCGUUUUAUUUCAGAGAUCCAGUCGACCUGCAGGCAUGUCGGAGCUUCAAGACGUUUCACCCUGACAGCAGAGUCCUCACUCUGGUUAUGUUUACACGCUGCCUGUACGCUCAGCUGCAGCAGCAGCAGUUCACUCCAGAUCGAAGGAGUGGCUUUAACCUUCCGCCGCGCUCUCAUCCUCACUACAAAGCCCAUGAGCUUGGCAUGAAACUGGCUCACGGCUUUGAGAUUUUGUGCUCCAGGUGCCGACUUCCUUCUGCAGAGCCCGACGCCGCCGUCAGUUGUAACCCUCAGUGGAAAAGUUUUAUGAAAAGCCUCCAAAAGAACGACUACUUCAGGGGGGAGUUGGAGGGUUCGGCCCGUUACAAAGAACUUUUAAGAUCAGCAGAAAUUUUCUUCAAACAAUCCGUUGCUUCAAAAUCAAGCGUUCUCUCUCCCGGGGAGGAAGUUCUCCAGGUGCUGCACAGCUGUGGACCCAUUAACGUGGAGGAGCUGAAAAAACUUGAGUCACAGCUCCCUCUAGAGGACAGCGACAGCUGGCUCGAUAUAACCGCUCAGGGUUUGGAGCAGCUGCUGCAGGAGAGAAGUGGAGGAAGAAUGGAUGUUGGCGGAGCUUUUAGCUCCAUCAAACGGCCGGAGAACUCAAGUGAUGCAGCGGAAGAAAACACGGAGGUGAAGGGAAUCGAGGAGGAGGACGACAGCACGUACAGCCUGGUGGCGGUCAGUCAAGGGAUUAAGGACUUCUUCAACUCCAUGUCCUCACAUGAGGGAGCUGAACUGCCUUGGAGCCGUCCAUCCCAACCUUUUCGAUUUGACCCAGACUCCAUGGUCAGCGCGCUCGACCAGCUGCUAGGAAACAAAGACAAAGAACUAGAUUCAGAUGAUCUGGAGGACGACGAUGAUGAGGAUGUUGACCACGAUGAAGAAGAAGAGAAUGAGGAAAGCUCGUCUGAUCACGCAGAGAUGAGCGGGCCGGAAACUAUUAACAGCAUUAAAAAAUACAUGGACCAAAUGGAUGAGGAGCUGAUGAGCACGAACGUUGGACAAAGCUUCAGUCAAACAAAAUUAAGCGAGCCGAGCUCCGAGAACGCCGCCCCUCAUUCUCCAGAAGGCGGAGCUUCAGAAGAGGAUUUCCAGCCUUUAAAUUUGGAUGUCAAUCUGAUGGCGAACCUGCUGGAGUCUCUCAGCUGUCAGGCUGGGCUGGCUGGACCCGCCUCCAACCUGCUGCAGAGCCUCGGCGUACACCUGCCUGCUAACUCGGACCCGUCUUAGACAGCAGGUGACGGUCAGAAGAAAGGAAAUUAGAUCAGCUGAUGAUCAGGCUAAAGGGUCACAUUGCAGUGAUGAUCAUUUCUGAAGAAUCUUUUCUCACAUUUAAUGUUAAAUGUUCUUCAAAAUGUGUUGUUUCCUCCUGGAAAUGCAGAUUUUGUGACUAUUUUAUUCCUAAAUAAAAAUAAAAUUUUUGUA